AUGGAGCCCUACAAGCUGUCCCAAUUCCGAGCCUGGACACCUUGGCGCGAGAUUAAUGAGCGCGGCCAGCACCGGCCGACGUACCUGACAAUGUUUGGACUCGUCCCUUUAAUACUCUCCUUGGAGCAGCGGCGAAGCAAGACAGCGCGUUCGCAAGAGGGUUUGAGCGACCUUGCGGAUGAUGUCCAGAGCGACGACCCAGAACCGUACAUUGGCUGGCUGAAGCCGUCAAAAUGGAAGUGGAUCGACUGGGACGAAUAA